AUGCCACAAUUGGUUUCAAAAAAUAUGAGAUACUCUGAAUUAAAUGAAAAGUCUACCAUCGGUCGUUCGUGGCGCUUUUACACUGUUGCACUUAUUAUUAGCGGGGUUUUGAUUCUAUUGGCACCCAAGCUUAUAUGGAAGAAUCCUACUGGUCAACUUAGUGCAUGGAAAAAUCGUCUCGUUGGUUACAGUGAACAUAAAGCUGCAUUCAUUGAUUCUUCUGGUUAUUUGCGAUCGAAUUUAUCGCCCAACCUUCGAUGA